GCCGCCCUUUGCCCACCCCCGGUGCCCGGCCCUGCCGCCAGCCCUGCGCUCCGCCAGCCGCCCCUGCGCAUCGCCACGGCCACAGCCCCGCAACAUGAAGGCGCUGCUGCUCGCCGUGCUGGCCGCGGUGCUCUGCGUGGAGAGAGCCCACACACUCAUCUGCUUUUCGUGCUCUGAUGCCUCCUCCAACUGGGCCUGCCUGAAGCCUGUCAAGUGUGGGGAGAAUGAGAACCACUGCGUGACGACGUACGUCGGAGUGGGACUCGGCGGCAAAUCCGGCCAGUCCAUCUCCAAGGGCUGCUCCCCCAUCUGCCCCAGCGCCGGGAUCAACCUGGGAAUCGCGGCCGCCUCCGUCUACUGCUGCGAUUCCUUCCUGUGCAACAUCAGCGGCUCCAGCGGCGUCCGGGCCAGUUCCACCCUCCUGGCCCUGGGGAUCCUCGUCAGCUUCUUCUACGUCCUCCGGGCUCGAGAGUGACGGGGUUGGCCAAGGCAGAGCCACCUCCCGGAGGCCCCCCCGUGGGUCUCACCAGCCAAUAUCUUCUCUGUCGCUGUCUGCAAGGAGAUCCUCCACUUCUCAGCGGGCUUCCGAGGCCGUCGUUUCCCAGACUUUCUGCUCUUCCAAGCGUCGGAGCCGUGGGCGGUUCGGCCGAGCUGUUGUCUCUCUCUCUCUCUCUCUUCCCAUGGACAAACCCCGCUGCGCCCUCGCGCCUCCUUGGCCAAGGUGGAUCAUUUUGGAAGGGUUUUCUGCUUUUCUACCUAAUAAAUAACCUCCCCCCUUGUUUCUAAGGUUGGUUAAAAGCAGGCUGGGACUCGCCAAGAUUAACCCCCCACAGCACCACCAGGUGAAGAGCUCAGACUUUCCUGCCUCUCUCCUGGCUCCAGCACGUGGGUGGCACCACGGGCUUUGGGAAUGCAUGAUCCAAAGGGAGACACAUUCCUGGCCCCCCCUCCCACCCCCUUGCAGCUGCAGUCUGUCUUUUUAUAGAAUAAUUUCGUUUCUUCUGAAUCCUGGGCUGACUUUUUCUGGAAAAAGAGUGACCUGUACCUUGUCCUUCUCAGCUCUGUAAGUGCCAGACCUGAAUAAACAUGCUCCUGUUGGUACCUA